AUGGGUCCACAACAAAACAAAGCGAUCUAUUCAUACUACACAACUGGAUUCUUUAAAUGUAGUAUUUUGUCAUGCCAGAAGAAAAUCGCCGCAACAAAAGUUAGCCAUAAAGUUCAGGAUCCUUCCAAGAUAAGAUUUUUCAUCGUGGAAGGUACAUAUAAUCCAACACUUGAGUUGCGAAUGAUGGUGACUCCAAACGCAUCUAUUUCAUGGCGAACGCUUAACAUCAAUCCACCUCCCAAUACAAUUGUGAUGAGAUUUCAUUUAAUUCCUCACACAACACUGUCUGCUGCGAUCCCAACUUUCGAUAGGACCGCGUUGAGCUUCAAACCCAUGUACUCUGGUGUGAAAUUUUCUCACCACGAAAAUAUACCUUCCGAAGGACUCGGCUUUUCGUUGGAAGUGACAGAUCUGAAGUGGGAAAUGGCGCCCGGUAGUGUCCCAGAAGUCACAAUCUCAUGGCAGUCUGAAAAUAACAUCAAGCUGAACUCAGAUCUUGGGGACAACGUGGAAGUUGGACACCCCUGCUACAACACCGUCAAGGAUUUCAUGGAUUUCCGUCACACAUCGGGUCCUGUCGGUUUCGAAUUUGAUACCUACAGUGUCCUCUUGCCAUGCAAUGCCGUGCAACAAACCGCUUUCUGGCGGUUUGCUACGGUAAAGAAUACAAAUAUGGCCACGAUUUCUGCCUAUCUGCCACAACGCUUGAACAGCGAGGGGGUAUGGACUAUGGAGGCAUUGCGACCAGUCCAUUUCGUCAAACCCACUGGAAGAAAAGAUAACCCCCUUGAAGAAAACGUCUCGAUAUGCGCCGCUCGAUAUGUUAUAUUCAUGGCAAGCAUUCCUCUCGAUGGUGAUGACGAUGACGAGGAUAUCAUUUUGCCAGUACAAGGAGAUGCUGUGAAUAUAAUUUGGGUUCAUCAGGCAUCCGACAGUGAAUCCCCUGUCAUCUGGUCUGGCAAGGUUAUCAUGAGUCCUUAUGAGCAUGAUGCCAAAUGGAACGUUGCUAUGAUAGUUCAUAUGAACAAGAUCCAUGAAGAUUAUAACUUCCUAAAUGGUAAUGCGGCCCUUUUGAAGUUUAUCGACAGAAUUCUGUUUGGUGAGCACACCCUCAACAUCACGCAUGCCAACUGGAUUCGUACUUUCAUGACGGGCCAGAGGAAUACUUGA